CAGGAGUGUGGUUAAUCCCUAGCCCUGCCAAAUACAUGUGAGGAUGUGGCUGUUCCCAAAUAAGAUAACUGGUGUUAAUUGGGAACAACCACACAAGAUUAAAAAAGUUCGAAGCGCCAUUUGGAGAGACCCCCACGAGCUGGGAACAGAUAGAAGUGCUAUGUGCUUAAGUGCUUAAUUCUAAGGUCUCAGCGAUAAACUGAACUGCAGGCCAGCCUUAAAGAUCAGCAGAAGGAUAAGAUAAACCUCUGAAACUUUGCUCUUAAGUUUUCACCGGUGGAGUUUGAAGAGCACUUGUUGUGCAGCUCAGGACCAGAGAGGAUGUUGUGUAAGCUGCUUGUGUGCCUUGCGCUGCUUCCCGAGGCUCUCAGCGCUCCCCUAAAGCACUUGGGAAGCAAGGCUCGGGUUAAAGUGCUUCUUAUCUCCUUUGACGGCUUCCGAUGGGACUACGACCAGGACGUGCACACCCCGAAUCUGGAUGCCAUGGCUAGAGAGGGGGUCAAGGCGAAAUAUGCCACCCCGCCUUACCUCACCAUCACCAGCCCGUCUCAUUUCACACUGCUCACAGGGAAGUACAUUGAGAAUCAUGGAGUGAUCCACAACAUGUGGUUUAACACAACGACAGGAGAGAAACAAUCUUACUACCUCACACAGUUUGUUAAUGAAUGGUGGGACAGUGGCAGCUUGCCCAUCUGGGUAACGGCGCAAAGACAGGGUUUGAAGGCUGGAUCAGUCCACUUCCCUGGCACUGCUGCCACAUACCAAGGUGAGAAGGUUGGCAUGAGCGAGGUGGAGCCCCGGUUUUACAACUAUUCUAACGAGACAGUAUGGCAAGAGAAAAUUGACAUGGUGAUGGACUGGUUCACCCAGCAGGAUCUUGAUUUUGUGACACUGUAUUUCGGAGAGCCUGACGGAGCUGGGCACAAACACGGGCCAGACUCCCAAAAGAGAAGGGACAUGGUGAGUCAGGUGGACCGCACUGUGGGCUACCUCCGGAGCCAAGUCCAGCAACACGGGCUCGAGAACAGGCUCAAUCUUAUCAUCACAGCAGAUCACGGCAUGAGCACUGUCCUCAGGAAGCCUGCAGUUAAAGAGAUCGUUCUGUCCCAGAUCCCUGGCUUCUCCUACCAGGACAUCAAGUUCCACCUUGUUGACUAUGGUCCUACUGGAUUCCUCCUUCCAAAAGAUGGGCAGUUGGAGAAGGUUUACAAUGCUCUGAAGAACGGACACCCCAACCUGCAUGUCUACAAGAAGGAAGAAUUGCCCGCCAGAUUACGAUACACCAACAAUCCUCGGAUCCUCCCCAUUGUGAUGUUGGCGGAUCCAGGAUACGUCAUUAAUGGGUAUUUCACAGUCCAAAAUAACAAGGGUGAGCAUGGGUUCGACAAUGAAGCCAUGGAUAUGAAAACCAUUUUUCGUGCAAUUGGCCCAGACUUUAAGAAGAACCUAACUGUGGAUCCUAUUGAGACGGUCGAGGUCUACGCUCUGAUGUGUGAGCUGCUGGGAAUCAAGCCUGAACCCAAUGAUGGCUCCAUUGAGCGCACUCGACACAUGCUGAACACACAAGGCAAUAAAGAGUCUGAGACCAAUUCCCUGGAGUCACAGGUCUUCAUUGGUCUCGUCAGUGUGGCUUGCUUUCUGUUUCUGAUAGGUGUGGUCUUCAUUGUUCAUACAGCACGACGCAGGAGAAAGGAGAGUGCGCGACCCCCUAGGCGAGCUGUCCUUGUUCUGCGUCCAGAUCGGACAUCUCGGACACAGCCGCCUCCAUCGGGCAGGCCACGGUUCUUCUUGGAACUGGUGCGCUCCUCCUGGAGCAACCCAGCGUCUGCACCUCCAGAACAGCAUAGAAAAGUGGGCCUAGGGGACACAUUCAUGGUUUUGGUGCAAGGUUCCACCUUCACCAUAGGGGGUUAA